GGGAGUGCGAGCGCGUGGGGAGUCACUCAGAUGAAAGCAGAGCGAGGAUCUGGGAGGGAGGAAGGGAGCCAGCCACAGGCAGAUGAAAGCAAGCGAGAUCAAGUUGGAGACAAAAGGUAUGAGAUAGAUGUAGCAGAGGGAGCCCGGCGAGAGAAACAGCAGUGACAGAGAGCAAUAGCACAGAAAGACUAAGCUGAGCCGUGCCGUGCCGGGCUGCGUAAUACCACCACCGUUAUUUCCCCCUAACAGCCUCCGCCACGGAGCCCAGAGAGCGCACGAGUGGGCUGUGCAGGAGCAGGAGCCUGUUGCCUGGAUACCUCUGCUGUCGCCACGGCGGCAAAACGCCAGGAUUGAACGGUGUGUGUGUGUGUUUUCUGGCUAGUGUUGCUGCCAUGGGAAAAACACAGCUGGCUGACUGUCUGCAUGGCUCCAUUGCUGGCUGGUUGACUCACUGACAAUGCACGUAUGAAUAAGGAAGGAAUCUCCCUAAUUCGGGGGCUUUGAGCAGAGGAGGUGGGAGGCUGGCGGUGGGACUGGCACUCUGCUUUGGAUGAUGAAGAAUGCUGUUUGGUAGAGAGGGACAGGAAGCAGAGAUUACCUUGGCGACCGAGUGAAAGAGAGGAAGCUAGGGGAGGCGAGACCCUGAGACGGGGGGAGGGGAGAGGAGUGGGGCCAUGCAGAUCCAGUCCUCUGGAUCACAGUCCAAAGCUUCCAGCUUCAUCCUCAGUCAGAGAUGUGUGCUGGCCUCCAAAAUGGAAACCCACCGUGAACAGAGUAUCUGCCAGGCGCGAGCCGCUGUCAUGGUGUACGACGACGCCAAUAAGAAGUGGGUCCCAGCUGGAGGGUCCACGGGCUUCAGCAGGGUCCACAUCUACCACCAUACGGGCAACAACGCCUUCCGCGUAGUUGGACGCAAGAUCCAGGAUCACCAGGUGGUGAUAAACUGUGCCAUUCCCAAGGGGCUGAAGUACAACCAGGCCACGCAGACCUUCCACCAGUGGCGGGACGCCCGGCAGGUCUACGGCCUGAACUUCGGCAGCAAGGAGGACGCCAACGUGUUUGCCAGUGCCAUGAUGCACGCCUUGGAGGUGCUCAACUCCCAGGACUCAGGCCCCACGUUGUCCAGACAGGGCCCCCAGGUUCAGAAUGGCCCCAUGCAAGAAGAGAUGGAGCUGCAGAGAAGGCAGCUUCAGGAGAUGCAGAGGCAGAAGGAGAUGGAGCGGGAGCUUCAGGAGCGAGAGCGUCAGGAGAAGGAACGCCUGGAGCGAGAGAUGCUGGAGCGCGAGCGUCAGGAGCGUGAACGCCAGGAACAGGAACGCCAGGAACAGGAACGUCGGGAGCUUGAGGCGCAGGCUGAGCAGGAGCGGCUGGAGCGGCUAGAGCAGCAGGAGCGCAGUGAGCGGGAGCUGCUGGAGAAGGCUGAGAGGGAGCAGCAGGAGCAAUUGGACAGAGAGCAGCAGGACUGGGAGAGAGGCAGACGCAUCUCCAACGCCGCCUUUGAAAGCACCCUGUACACUCCCACGCCUCAGGAGUACAGAAGGACGUCCUCCACACCUGUAUCCCCAUCCACGCCCACCAACCCAGCCCCCGGGACGCCCACACCCUCCUCUACCACACCGCCAACCCCGCCUCUAAGGCAUUCGGCCUCCAGAUUCGCCACCUCUCUUGGUUCUGCCUUCCAUCCAGUCCUGCCUCACUAUGCCACUGUCCCAAGGCGACAGCAAGCCUUCCCCCAAGCUCCGCCUACUGCUCUGGCUCCCACCCCGCCUCCUCCACCCAAGUCUGUGGUGUGGUCAGCAAGCAACUUCACUCCCCUACCCCCCUCACCCCCUGUCAUGAUAAGCAGUCCACCAGGAAAGGCUGCGGGUCCACGGCCGCUCAUCCCCAUUGCAGCACCUUCUCCUCUCACCCAGAAGCCCCCCUCACCGGCCCCCAACGGCCCGCCCAUGUUCCCUGCACCUUCUCCUGUGACCAUCCCGCACAGCCACACCCCUAUCGGCAACGCUUGCCCCACCCCGCCUCCCCCACCCACCCCUCCCCCUCUCCCCUCCCCCAAAGUUUCCCGUCCGUCUUCCUCCUUCGUCUCGUCUUCCCCCUCCUCAUCCCAGGCUCCUGGUGUGCCCUCUCCCUCCACAGCGCCCCCUGCUGCUGUUGAUGCCGCCUCUGCCUCUGCUGAGCACCUCUCCCUCCACGUGGGCCUGGGCCUGUCGGGGCCGGGGGAGACGGACAAAGCUACAGGCCCAGAAGGAGGUUCCUCUUGUCAACCCCCGCCCCAGGAUGUGGUUCAGACCCCAGGUUUGACCACCCCCACACCUACCCCUCCCCCACCUCCACCCCUGCCACCCAGCUCCACUGUGACCUCCAUCCCUUCCACCCCAGCCGGCCACCCUCCCCCACCCCCACCUCCUCCACUCCCUCCUACAUUGACUCCAGGCGGGACCCCCCUUCCUCCCCAAGGUCGCCCCCCUCCUCCUGGAGCCCCCCUCCCUCCCCCGGCGCCUCCCCUUCCCGCCGGACUCUUCUGCCCUGCCGACGAGCGUCCCGUCUCAGGACUGGCUGCCGCCCUCGCCGGAGCCAAACUGCGCAAAGUGCCAAGGACUGACGAUGCAGGGGCUGCUCUGGCAGCAGCCAUGUUAGGGGCUGGAGGGUCCGCGGCGGCAAAAUCUGAAUCCAGAGGCAACGGCCUUCUGCCUGGAGGAGGAGGGCUUAUGGAGGAGAUGAGCGCCCUAUUGGCUAGAAGGCGGAGAAUUGCAGAGAAGGGCUCAUCCCCUGAACCUGAUCAGAGAUCAGAGGAGGGGGGCGAGAUCAACACAACCCCUAAAGUGUCAGCCUGUAGCACACCAGACAUGCCCAGGAAGCCAUGGGAAAGAACAAACACCACGAAUGGUAGCAAAUCUCCAGUUAUCGGAAGACGAGAGGCUCCGUGGAGAAAUCCCAUGGGAGCAGAUUCCUCCAACAGACCUAAAUCCACUCCUAUACCCACUGCAUCCUUAAGUGCCAAUGGUGUGCCAACAGAAACUGUUGACUAUGACAGAUUAAAACAGGACAUUCUGGAUGAGAUGAGGAAGGAGCUGUCGAAGCUAAAGGAAGAGCUCAUUGAUGCAAUCAGGGAGGAGCUGGGGAAGUCUAGCACGGCGUAGAGGAACCAAACUCCCUCUUCAAAACAUCAACAUCCACGAGACCCGACGGACAAAAUAACAAAUGGUGAUGAUGACAAUAAUCAUAUUAAUACUGAGAGAGGACAUUAUUGGACUAAACAACAAUGGACAGAGUGGUGGUUUGAGGCUUGUAACUCUGAGAGCCUGCUGCCCCCGCCCCCUCCCACUGAGGGCAUCGGAUCCUGGAGGACAGUGUCUAAAACAGAAGCAAAUGUCUUUAUGCAAAGUAGAAUUCUCUCUCCUUGUCCUAUAAUAGCAACAAGAAAGAAAAAGAAACGCAAAUCAAUCUUGAACUUCUCUAUGAUUCUGUUUUAACCAUUGCAGCAUAAGUGAACAGCAACGGUGAUGCUAAGAAUCAAAACUCUUGUGAUUUUAAACAAAUGAAAAGGCAUGUUUAAUUAAGAGAGUUUGGAGGCAGGAAGAAUGGGGGAUUGAAAAUAUCAACUUAUUUCCCCAUAAUGCCAUAGAGGUAGGGUGAGUGUGUGUGUGAGUGUGUGUGUGUGUGCGUAUGGGGACUGACAGUCUCUGGUGAAGUCCACCACUGCAGGACACUGUAAAGCUUGUCUUCCUCAAAUACUAUUUUAACCUGAAUAUGUAUAAAAGAGAGAAAACGUUAUUUAGAAAAAAAACAUCUAUCCUCCAUGUCUGUCGCCGUGUAGAUCUGCGGCCAUAUCAAGUAGCUCAAUAAUCCAAUCUUUAAACAGGAUGUUCUCUCUUCUGUGGAAUCAUAAUCACAAGUGCUGUUGUCUCCCGUCAUGUCUUUUGUCCAUGCUGUUGAGUGGCAGGUGGACGGACACGGAGGAAAGCUGCCAAUCACACGGCAGCCGUCCUAGCUCUCUACCAAACCUUCUCUGGCAACUCAACGUGCUGAUUGGUUAAUACCUGUCAUGCAAGUUGACCAUGUUGACGUGACGUUUAGCUAGAACUGACUUCUCUUCCUGUACAUUUUGGUUUGAAAACUCUCUGGGUCUCUGUCAUGUUUGUCAUAUUUAGGUAGCCUACUCUGCAUGGUUGUUUUCUCUGAACUCUAAAGGUCACAAGUCUGCCACGAAAUGACAUUAGCUGUCAAGUUUUAUAACAAGCAAUAAGUGUAGCAUCUAUUUGAAGGCCCACCUGUCCCAGUCCUAACACCACCAAACACGUCUCCAUGUCUGAUUGUCCCAAUUGGACAAUGUUACUGUGGGACACCUCAACACUUCUCGUGAACUUUAUCGCAAAUAUUCUGUGACCCUGAAGACUGACAGGACACAGUACCAGAGCAACACUGUAAGAUAUGAUUUCAUGGAUUAUCACAAUUUUUUAAGUCACAAUACUCUCCUUUUUGUUUUGGUUCAUUUUCUACAAAGUAUUUCAAGGAUACUGUGUCUUUUUAUCCUUUAUUAUUAAAUAUGAUUAUUUUACUGCAUUUAUAAACUCAACCUUUUGGAAGGUGCACAGGACAACCCAAAUGUGUGAGAGAUGUGAGGACAUGAAUGUGCCAUUUACUAUUUCUAGUGCUUACUGUUUCAUCUUCUUUUCUCCUGCCAAUGUCAAAUUAUCAACACGAGAAACUGUAUUUCACAAACAGCUUUGUCACGUUCUUCUGAAAACACUUCAGUGCUGAUUUGUUUCACUAAAAGUACAAUCAACCUGAGAAGGAUACGUUGGAGCUGUAGCUUAUGUCUAUGUCCGACUCUGUUCUCUGUCUGUCCUGGUGAGAAUCUGAGUAAGGUUAUGUAUCUCGCCGUGGGGUUUCCAGGACAAUCUUUUGACUUCCCAAAAGAAUCCAAGGUGGUAUCUUGACCGUUCCAUGCAUCAUAAUUGAGAACUCACAAGCCAAUACAAUGUGAAUGCUAUCACCACAGUUUGGAGACUUGCAAUAGACCUAUUUUGAAAAGGAAUGGUAACAAUGGUGGAAACAUCCUGACCUUUAGAACUACAAUUCCCAUAAUUCAACUCCAUAGCAUCUUUUCAUUUGAAGCUUCCUGCCUGAUAAAUGUAGACAUCUUUCAAACGCCACACUACCACUUUGUAAUGCUAAUUGUGUAAUCUCCAAGCUUAGGUUGAGAUAACCCUGGUGACAUCACUAUGAUGUCAUCACGGUUAAUUUCUCAGACUCAACAAAGCCUCUCAAGAAGCACAGAAGACAUUAUAUGAUUGGAGAGCCGCUUUUGGUUUGUUAAUCAGUGGAUGUGUUCUAUAUAUAUGAUAAUGUUCAAGGGCUUGGAUGUUUGAAGAUGACAAGUUACAGAUUUGAGAAAGUUGCUCUCAUUUGCUUUGGAUUAGGUCAAAUUUGUUAAAUACUGUAAUGAGAAAAAUGAAUGGGUUAAUUACGGUCAGGUCUGUGUCAUGCUCUCUCUCUGUCAAUAAAGUUGUUUCCUCUUCUGAUCCACUUUUCUAAACGGAGACCCUGACCCAGCUAUGAGGCUCCCUGUCCUGAGUUUUUACAUCCACAGCACUUUAAGAGCAAACUCAGCGAGCAAUCCAACAUGCUCUGACAGCAUAGCCUCUGUCGCCAACAGUGCGGCUUCCUCACCAAAGGAUUCAACUAAACGUAAUCACUCUCAACAAAGUCUUUCUGAUUUUUGUAUCAUUUUGACGAAAAUAAGAUGUCUGUCUCUAUAUUAAGUCCUUUGGACGUGAUGGCAGGUGAAAUGUUUUGAAGACAACGCUCUUUAUGAAGCUGUGUGGUUUGUGCCUUGUUCCGAAGUUGCAUUUUUUAUGUCAAAGACAUAAAGAUGACUAGUAAUAAUAUCUAUGGACUGUCAUUAUGAUCUCAUGCAGUUUUUAUUAAGUUUGGCUUUGCUUUUUAUUUGAAGGGAGAAGUUAUUGACCGUGGUGUUCCCCACAAAGAAAACGUCUUUGCACCAAGUUCUUGUUUGUUUUUUCCAUACAUGUGAUUUACCGUAUGUCCAUACAGCUGUGAGUUUGAUUUUCUAACAGCUCAAAAGUACAAUGAAGCGUUGUGAAAUGAGGCCUGGAAGGGUUAAUGAUGAGCGUCGUUCUGACAUGAUUUUUCUAAACCUGAAGUCCAGAUGAGUCUGACUGUGUGUGUUCUGCAUCUCAGCUUUCUUUACAUGCUUAGAAAUCUGUAGUGAGGUCUGCUUCACGCUGAUGUCAGAUUGCUGAUGGAAACAUUCAUCUUUGUCCUUGAACCCAGUUUUCUGCUAAGGGAACUGAUGCAUUUGGCUGAAGCCAGUUUCCAGAUUUAUUAUUUUCUCAUCUUCAUUGUACCAUACUGUUAUCAUGUUAGUUAGUCUUUUCUUUACAUGCUAACAUAUUGAUUUGUCUGAGCAAAUUAAAUAAAAAUUGCAGUACAAGA